AUGUCAAAAAAAUGCAAAAUUGUUUCAUAUGUUCUCUUAAUAAUACUACUGUUUAGUCGUCUCUUUUUACAACCAAUAUAUUCACUAAUAUCGGAUUGUGACGAAACUUUCAAUUAUUGGGACCCAUUAAAUUUAUUGUUAAGAGGGUUUGGGAAAGAAACAUGGGAAUACUCCCCAAUUUAUUCAAUUCGUUCUUGGGCUUUUUUAAUGCCAUUCUACUUAUUUUUAUACCCAAUAAAUAAAUUAUCAUCCUUACCUAUCACCUCAGUUGACAGUUUUUAUUUGACUAGACUAUUGCUAGGCUUAAUAUCGACAAUUUAUGAAUGGAAACUUUUUAAUGAAAUUGCAUCUACUUUAUCCUUACAAAUUGCUAAUUUAUGGAUGCUUUUCCAAAUAUUUAGCCCUGGUUAUUUCCACGCUUCUGUAGAAUUAUUACCUUCAUCUAUUGCAAUGACAAUGUAUUUGAAUUCUAUUAGAUAUUCAAUAAAGUAUCUUUCUACUAAUUCUACAGGUUGUUUUAUAUCCAGCUUAACUUUUACUUUCAUUGCAAGCAUGUUAGGUUGGCCAUUUGUUUUAGUUUUAAGUUUACCAUUAUGUUUCCACUUCCUUUUUACACACAAUAUAAUAUCUACAAUUCGUACUGUGUUUGAUUGUACUUUAGUCUUCACUGUCCUAGGUUCUCUCAUUAUUUUCAUUGAUUCCAUUUUCUAUGGUAAGUUUUCGCCAGUGUCAUGGAACAUUUUAAUGUACAAUGUAUUGAAUACUAGUAAGGAAACAGGACCAAACAUCUUUGGAGUUGAACCAUGGUACUACUAUUUCCUUAACCUCACAUUAAGUUUUCCAUUACCUGUCCUUUUCUUUGCCAUGGUCGGACUGUUCCAUAAAAGUAUCUGGCCAUUAUCUCUUUCUUUGAUAACUUGGAUUACUAUUUUUGAUUUGCAACCACAUAAAGAAGAAAGAUUCCUAUAUCCUAUAUAUGGAUUAAUCACAUUAACAGGUGCUAUUGGAUUCUAUAAAACUUUAUCCACGUUAUUUGGUUUCAACAAAUGCUUAAAGACAACUGUAAAACUUCUUAUCCUUACAAUUACCAUUCUUCAAGCAAUUUCACGUAUCGUUGCACUAGUAUUUAAUUACACAGCCCCAUUGGAAGUCUAUUUACAUUUAUACCAUUUAUCCAAUAAUGAAGACGACAUAGUUAAUGUUUGUACUGGUCGUGAAUGGUAUCAUUUCCCUAACUCCUUUUUCUUACCUGAUUCAUAUAGACUACGGUUUGUUCAAUCUGGGUUUGAUGGAUUGUUACCAGGCGAUUUUGCAGAGACCUCAAGUGUUUUUGAUGCUAUCCGUACUAUACCUGAGGGAAUGAAUAAUAUGAACCUUUUUGAUCCAAAUAAAUUAAUUGAUAUCAAACAAUGUCAAUAUUUUGUGGAUAUAUCGUUAGAAUCUGACACAGAGAAAGAUAUAUUUUCACCAGAUGAUCUGACUAACUGGACUCCCAUCUAUUGCAAAAAAUAUAUUGAUGUGGGUAAUUCCAAGUUAUUUGGCAGGGUAUUUACUAUACCUACAUUAAUUGCUAAGCUAGGAGAACAAUACACUGGUAGGUAUUGGAAUAAAGUAUAUGGAGUAUCAUACUACGAUUAUUGUUUAUUUGAAAGGAAUACACAUGAUAUGGACAAUUCAAGUAAUAUCUAA